CUGAGCUCAGACAGCAGGAUUGUAAGCUGGUGGUAGCCAGCUAGGGGCCCCUGGGAGCCGGCUUUACACACUGGGGCCUCACCUUGCCAGAAAGACUUCAGAGCCAAGUGAAGCCGAGAUCCUGGAGCGUGUAUCCUGGUGCUUCACAGUAUAAAGGAUGGCGGCUAUAAAAGCCCUACAGCAGUGGUGCAAGCAGCAGUGCGAUGGGUAUCGAGAUGUGUCGAUUACCAAUAUGACCACUUCGUUUCGAGAUGGGUUGGCAUUCUGUGCAAUCCUUCACAAACACCGACCUGACCUCAUAAAUUUUAAUUCUCUCAGCAAGGAAAACGUUUAUGAAAAUAACCACUUGGCAUUCCAUGUUGCCGAAGAGAAGCUUGGCAUUCCUGCUCUGCUCGAUGCAGAGGACAUGGUCAGUCUUCGCGUCCCAGAUAGGCUGAGUAUCCUGACCUAUGUAUCACAAUACUACAAUUACUUCCAUGGCAGAUCUCCCAUUGGUGGUUUGGGGGCUAUUAAGCGUCCUCCCCCGGAUACUAUUGAGGAGCAUGCUAGCAAGAAAGUUACCAAUCACACUCCAGCUUUGCAACCGCAGCCAGCCCCGAGGACAAACCCCUCGAUACUGAAGGAGAACUCAGUCGUGGAAAACCCCCCUGUGAGAGCGGGUAUGAAGGAAAUCAACAGCAAUGGUAUGAUCAGCAGCAACUGCACAAUCUGCGGAAACCAUGUCCAUUUGGUCCAGAGACAUAUGGCGGAUGGAAAACUUUAUCACAGGAACUGCUUUAAAUGCAAGCAGUGUUCUCGCACCUUACAGCCAGGGAAUUAUAAAAUUGGAGAUGACCCUGGGACCUUCAUCUGUAUCAACCAUCAUCCCAGCACAACCUCACCAGUUACCUCCAACACAAGCCCCUCUGGGCCAUACAAACCUGUAACUGGCCAAAACGGUCCACGCUUUACAAGUCCUGCAGUGCAGGAACAGACUAACAAGACUCCUACCCCAAAAUUUUCAGGUAUAACAAACUCUGUUCAAAACGAGACACCUAAUAGGACUGCAAUGGGAUUUGGAGGGAGCAAUAAAAGCAGUCCAAAUAUUGGUAUGUCUACAGGGCAGUCUGAUAAAGUUACACACAACUAUCAAAUGCCAACCAACAAAGAAAGUCCAAGUGUGGCAAGCACAAAUACUCCAGAGAUGACAAAUAGGACAGCGGUGGGUUUUUAUAAGACUCACAAAGAGACGCCAAGUGCCGUCAAAGCAACAGGACCUGAGAACACACAGAAAGCUGCUCCUAGUAAUGUAACUAAUCGCGCGCCACUAAACGUUCCCGCACAAGCUUAUUUACAAAGCCUCAAAGAAAAAAACAAUACAAACUCUUCAUUGCACCAGCACACUCCUGCACAGAAGGAAUCUAAAAAAGAGCCAGAGACAUUUGGCCAACAAACAAAGCCAUCCAAUUCCAGUAGUAGCCGCAUCACUGUGUCCUCCAGUUUUAGUGGAAAGUGGUCACCUUCUCCUGUAGUGAAAAAUGAACCGAAAGAUGACUUCUCUUCCCCAAAACCCUCAUCAUCUACUGCAAAAAUCAAGGAAGCUCGUGAUAAGUUUUUCCAGUCAACUCCUGCAGUUAUAGAACCUAAAAAUAAUCAACCACCUGCUGGUAAAGAAUCUCCAAAAAUCACUGUUUCCAAUGGACCAGGGAGGUCUCCAGCAAUCACUUCAAUAACAAAAAAACCUGAAGAAAAUACUGAUAAAGACAAGGCACGAAACUUAAUCCUCAAAGCUAUACCUAAAUCACAGAGUAGAGCAGAUGAGUCCAAAAGUGGAUUCUUUCCACAAAGGAAUAUGGAUACUCCUCAAAGUGUAUCGAAACCGCCUGGUCUGAAAGAGGAACCCAAGAGACCAGUACCGAAAGAACGCAAGAGUAAGAUGCCUGCAACUGUAUCCAAUCCGGAGCCUCCCAAAAGCACUCCAACCGUCACCGUUACCAAAGGAGCAGCCACCCCGACUCCAGAAAAGAAUUCUAUUCCUAACACUAGUGGUUUGUCCAGCACUGUGAAGGUCCAGAAAGGAGAUGAUCCACCCCCGAAAGCUCAAAUGCCCAGCUCCAAAGUAUCAAAGGCUGAAGCCCCAGAAGACUGGAGAUCUAUGUUGAAGUCAGUCAAUACAAGACCCUCCAUUGAGGGGGCACAACUUGAAAAGGAAAAAUCGCAUCUCCGCGUUGAAGACAAAACAUCGCAAAAGAAGCCAGUUUCAAUCAAUUCAACAGUCACUGUGACCAUCAACACAAACUCACCUGGGAAAGAGAACAAACCUUCUCAGCUCAUUGCAACACCUACAUCAACAAGCCAGGUGGCCAAAGGUGUUGAGAAAGCUCCUACAGUUAUUGUGACCAUCACUCCAAACCUACCGGCAUCCGGAAAAGACCACAAGUCUAAUCAACGACCUGCUUCUCCUGCUGAAUCACAUCAAGAAGACAAAAAGGAAGAGAAAGCAGCGUCCACCACAACGCCUUCAAGAAAAAAACUUCUCCCUGCUAAAGUGGAUUUGAUUAGUGACUGGCCCCAACCUAAGCUGAAAUGGCAGGAUGAAGGUCCGUCCAGUGACACCGAGCCACCCAAAUGGCGCCCUCACCUGAGCAACAGCACCGAUACAUCUUCUACAAACAAUACUAAACUACCACCUUUGGUCACCAAUGGCGACAGUAAUAUUAAAACUUCCAACUAUAAGCCCCCAAAUUUCAUGGAUAAUAAAAAAGGAACAUCACAAAACAAGCUUAAUUCAGAAUACAUUCCAGAGGAAUACAUCCAACAGGAGCUCCAGAUUAUCGAGCAGGAACUGGACUAUUUGGAGUUGCGUGGAGUGGACCUGGAGAAGCAGCUUCGCAGCAGCGAUGGAGAUGACUCGGAGGAUGCACUCAUGGUAGACUGGUUCAAGCUUAUUCAUGAGAAACAGCUGCUGCUGAGACGCGAGUCUGAGCUAAACUACAUUUCUAGGACACAGGUGUUGGAGAGCCAGCAACUUGACGUUGAAACCGAGCUCAGGAAUUUAAUGAACAAGCCAGAGAGUCUGAAGACUGCAAAGGAAACUGAAAGAGAAAAGGAACUGCUUGAAAAGUACCUGUUGAUAGUCAAUGACCGGAGUGAGAUCAUAGAGUGUUUGGAUGAAGACAGAAUCCGAGAAAAAGAGGAAGAUGAAGUAAUGAAAGCAAUGAUUGAAAAACAUUCAGCAGAUCCCCAACAGAAGGAGAGUCCAGAGCCCAAUCUCAAGAGAAGAUCCAGGUUCAGCUUUUCAGGCCUGUUUAAGGGAAAAGACAAGAACAAAACAUAAACCUGCGUCGAUGUGGCAGAGAGUUCAAGAAGCCAACGCGUAUAUUGUGCACUACCUUUAUAUGAAGACACUGGAACACAGCAGAGUUCUAUACAGAAAAGACUACGCCAAUGCUGGCAAGCAUUUAAAUGGGGCUGCCCUACUUGUAGCUUUAAGACUCUCCCAUUGGAGGGCCAGGCCCAUUUAUCCGACCAUAAUGCAGUAGAACCUUUGUAUUUUCAGGCACACUAGGACCUGUGCACCUGAGCCUCCAAACGUCAGUGGAUCCUUCAUGUUUACAGCCCUAACUACACCGUGUCCUGUAACAUAGCAUUCCGAAUUAUUUGUGAGCAGUUAUACUUAAGCAAACACUCCUGUAAGCUUGUAACAUACUGUUAGUGAUAGAAUUUGAUUUGUACAGAUACAUUCUGAAAACAGAAGAAAUAUUUAAUUUCUGGGUCUCGUUCGGCGCCAUAUUCUAUAUCUGUAGUGAACCAGAUCUGGCUGUCUCUCUAAACAAAGCAGAGAGAUUCAGCAUUAUCUGCUUCUUACAGAUACAGGAUACCCAUUUCUGGUAAAUUAAUGAGUGAUGAAAUAACCUUUUGGCCUCUGUGUUCAGUACUCCUGAGCAAAUACACAUACUCCAGGUUAGUGGGAUAAUAGUUUAUAGACAAUCUAGUGUUACCCCCUAGUGGACGAUACAUGCAUAACUUUUUUUUUUUUAUUUCCCCCCCCUAUUCAUUUGUUUCUUGUUGAAUGAGAUUGUUUGCUCUAUUGACAAAACACUGCAGUGCUGGUCUUUUGUAAACCGAUGCCUCUCUUUUUUUCAUUAUCUUGUUAAAUCCAAAGAUGAAAAUUUGCUUUGUUUUUUUUUUAAUGUGCCUUUCAUUUAUCUCUUAAUAAGUUGUCAGCAAACCCAUUGCUGUACUUUUACCCUUAUCGUGGUUUAAAGACCCUAAAGAGGUUGGAUUUUAAACUAAGAGUUGACUUUGUUUUUUUUUGUUGUUGUUGUUAUAUAAGUAGGUAGGUACAUCUCAGGGCAACUAAAGCCAAAAUGAUAAUGCUCUGCUUAUCAGGAUCUCGGGAGAACUUCAGAAUUGAGUCAUAAUUUCAGUUACUGUUUGUAUCUUGUCCAAGGGUGAGUGCUUUCAAGAACCAUGUGGCUUUUUAAACGUUGGAGGAAUGCAACAUUCCGUACCUUUUAUCCUGGUCAUUAAACACAGCAGGCUGGCACAGAAUACACAAAUUAGAUGGCACCUGCAGCUACAUCGAACCUUGCUGAUGCUAAAACACUGUUCCAUAUUGGAAUUAACUAUAAGGACCAAAUUGCUAAAAAGGCAUUACAUCAAGCAGGGAUGGCCAAAAAGUAGAAGUACAACUCCAUAUGUAGUUAUAUGAAGAGUCUGACUUUUGGGUUAAAUAUUUCCUAUUGAUAAGUGUCCAGUUCCCAUGGUGAAAGGGGCCGAUUUCACCAAAAUUCAGACUAAAGAGUAUCCUUGUACUUUUUUGAGUGUUUCCAGAAUAUGACUCCUUGUCCUUCGAGGUCUGUGCCAUCAUGUAUAUAUCAGGAAGUACCACCUGGAUUUUGUGCACUUGGAGGAGUAUUCGUUGUUUGUUAAUGCAGUUUGUAUGGUAAAGAUAUAAAUUGCUAAUCUGCUUAA